AUUGCAAAAAUUUCAGGUAGGGGUACCGUACAGGAUUGGUCCACGUCAAGUGAAUUCCUCAAGUUUUCCCAUCUCGUCCUAGUUCGUGCAGUGAACACGUAUAGAUAUAUACAUACAUAAUACAUACAAAGAGAGGGAAUAUAAUUCGAGCGAAAAUCUGGAGAGAGAGAGAGAGAGAGAGCGAGGUGGAAUGGAGGAACGGAGUGGCAACGCCAGCGAAGAGGUGCUGGGGUCUAGCUCAACAAUGGAGAAAGUUGCUGCGGCUAAACAGUACAUCGAGAAUCACUACAAGAAUCAGAUGAAAAACAUCCAAGAGCGCAAAGAAAGGCGAUGGAUAUUAGAAAGAAAGUUAGAAUCGUCCGACUUUCCCAAAGAAGAACAGAUAAAUCUCAUCAAGGAUUUAGAGCGAAAAGAGACAGAAUUUAUGCGAUUGAGAAGGAACAAGAUAUGUGUAGAGGAUUUUGAUCUUUUAACCAUAAUUGGGCGAGGAGCUUAUGGUGAGGUUCGAUUAUGCCGGGAGAAAAAAUCUGGCAAUAUUUAUGCCAUGAAGAAGUUGAAGAAAUCUGAAAUGCUUUCAAGAGGACAGGUGGAGCAUGUUAGGGCUGAGAGAAACUUACUGGCAGAAGUGGCCAGCCACUUCAUAGUAAAAUUAUAUUACUCUUUUCAAGAUGCUGAAUAUUUGUAUCUUAUUAUGGAGUAUCUCCCUGGUGGCGACAUGAUGACUCUGCUUAUGAGAGAAGACACUCUGUCUGAAAGUGUGGCUAAAUUUUACAUUGCUCAAAGUGUCCUGGCCAUUGAAUCCAUUCACAAGUAUAAUUACAUUCACAGGGACAUAAAACCUGAUAACCUGCUUCUUGAUAAAAGUGGUCACAUGAAGCUCUCAGACUUUGGUCUUUGCAAGCCUCUUGAUUGCCGAAUUCUCUCUACCUUGAAUGAGAAUGAGGCCAUGGAUGAUGAGAAUAUAAGGCAACCAAUGGAUAUUGAUGGUCGUAUUGCAGAUGCUGCUAAUGUUAGUAAUUGGAGAAGUCCUCGUGAACAACUUCAACACUGGCGGAUGAAUCGGAGAAAGUUGGCAUUUUCGACUGUGGGUACUCCAGACUACAUUGCUCCAGAAGUGCUAUUGAAGAAGGGAUAUGGCAUGGAGUGUGACUGGUGGUCGCUGGGUGCAAUUUUGUAUGAAAUGCUUAUCGGCUACCCUCCAUUUUAUUCAGAUGAACCAAUGACCACCUGCAGGAAGAUAGUUCAUUGGAGAAAUCACCUGAAAUUUCCUGAAGACUCCAAAUUGACCCCCGAGGCCAAAGAUUUGAUCUGUCAGUUACUCUGUGAUGUGGAACAUAGGCUUGGUACUGGAGGAGCAGGGCAGAUCAAGGGUCAUCCUUGGUUUAAGGAUAUUGAAUGGGAUAAGCUAUAUGAAAUGGAAGCAGCCUUUAAACCGAUGGUUCACGGGGAGCUGGACACCCAAAACUUUAUGAAAUUUGAUGACUUGGAUCCUCCAACACCAACAAGAUGUGGUUCGGGACCCUCUCGAAAGAUACGUCUUGAUUCCAAAGAUUUAAGCUUUGUGGGCUACACAUACAAGAACUUUGAUGCUGUUAAGGAGGCAUUGCGUCAGUCACCAGGUGAUCCCGAGGGGAGCCCAACGAGGAAAACAGCGUCUGAAGGAACAGAUGCCCAAAUGAUCACGACAAUGGAUGAUGGGAUGUCGCCAUGAAAUAAAACAAAUGCUUAGUAAAUGGAAACUUUGUUAUAGUUGGUGGCGUACGCCUGUGUAUUUGUAUAGGUUGCUCGCCCCUUCAAUGUUUCCGCAUGAAAGAGCUGCCUUUUCAAGGACUCUUGUUUCUUGCAAAUAUUAGUGCUUGAGAAACUUGAAUAGAAAUCUAGAGUAGGCUCUGUGGUACUUCUGUUAUCCUGGCUGCCCAAGUUGGCAAUAAAUGCUUUAUCGUGUGGCAGUUUUUGGUCA